UGACAGUGCAUUGAAUUAAAAAGCAGUGAAUCAGGAAUGUGUCGAUGCAUGUUUUUCAUUGGACGAUGCUGGAUGAUGUCACUGAGUUGCAGCUAAUCAAAUGUGCCGCUCAGUGUUUAUUCUGGUCGACUUAAUACUGGGAAAAUCCUGCAUUUUUCACACAGUUGUAUUGGCCCUAAAGGAGCCUACAGGACUUUAAAUGGGCCCUAUAGAAGACCUACAGGUUCCUACAUUAGAUUAUAAGUAACUACAGGUUUCUACAGGGCCUUACAGGACCUUACAAGGGCCAUAUAGAGGUCCUACAGGGUCCUACAGAGGUCUACAGGGGCCCAAAGACUAAGGAGCCCCUGAGCUUCACCUGAAUAACGUCCCUAAAAGACUGACGAUACUGAGACACGGUGUGAGAUCAGUGGAAAUAGUCUCAUUAUCAGCAGAUUCAGUCCUGAUUUACUUUAUUUCUUAGAUCUUUUAUUUGAUUUUUUUGUAUUUACAUCCCCCUAUCAAAUAUUAUUAAGGUACAAAGGUUUGAUGCAAACACUGAGCACAGAUCUGGUAUUUGCUGACAACUUUCCUCCACUUCUGAAAGGAGGAGGAAGACUGAGGAUGAACAAGAGGAGAAGAAGAAAUGGCGAGGCAAGUUGAGACCAAGAAGGAGGAAGGAGUUUAAAAAAAGAGAGAUGGAGGAGGAGUGAUGGUCUCAGCCCUGCCUCUCCUCCUCUUUAAUUUAUUCAUCGACUCUGGAGCAACGAGGACGAACAAACAGUUGAAGAUUUCCUCCUUUUCCUCCUCGGCAGGCGGUCGGGAUGGAUUUCCUCCAUCAAACACUCCUCUGUUGAUUUAAAGACCCUGAACAGGUGUCGAAAGUCAGUUUCAGCCAUCUCCUUGAUUCCUGCUAAUCAAAAACCAUCACCAUGGAAAGCCACCCAGAUGUUAUAAAACGAAGGAAGGGUGUUGCCCAAUCAGAAGGCCUCACUCCGGAGGAGGAGGGGCUUGUGGAUGCCCUUGGCAACACAGAAUCUAACGCCAACUGGGGGGUGGAGCCUAACUUCAACCUCAACCUCAAUAUGACUUCGCCGAGCAACCCCCGUCCAGCAACGGAGACCUCGAAGCUGCACGGAGGCAACAAAAAAGAUAAUGGCAAUAAAGGAGAGAUGAAAGGAGCGGUGGCCACGGCAACGGGCAAGUCAGCAAGCACCUUGGCAACCACUGUGAUGUUACCAGGUGAGAGAGAUGAUCCAUCACGGCAAAAAAGCAAAAUUCCAGCUUUGUCUCGUUCACCGACAGCCGAAGCGAACAGCAGAGACGAACAGCGGAUAAAGACCACGAACAUCAAAUACACCCCAACAUUGAGCUUGAAGUCACAAACUCACAGCAACAUGGUGGAAAGUCCAAAACCACACCGCACAGAGCAAACAGUGAUACCUAGCAGAACCACCGAAAGAAUCAAAACACAAACACAGAGAGCAGAACCUGCGAAACUACAAACUGCACUGAUGACCAGCGUGGCCACAAAGAAUACGAACAAAGCAACAGAGAGCCUAAAAACACAAUCAAGCAGAAAGGAAGAUGGUGGAAAAGAGAUUGGCACUGACAGACCAUCGCCACAAACGCUACAUCUGCCAGUGAGCCCAAACGUCCACAAUCAGAGAGGAGAUAUAGAGGCUGUUAAUCUAAAACUGGUGAAUCGAACCCCGACGAUGGCAGCCAGAACCCCCAAACCAAACCCAACCACUACGAUCAAGUUAAACCAACAUGAUUCAAGACCUCAUGGUUCUGAGACAUCCUCCAUAGCUACAAAACCACAGAAUCAGAAGACAGAAUCAGCACUGCUAGGUACCAAGAACCCUCAAGUGACUUCUCUAAGUCCCAAACCAUCCACACAGAGAAAAGUCACAGGAACGAGAAACGGUUCCUCAUCAGAGUCCAAAGAGAAUCUUGAUAGCAAAGAUUCAUGCACUGGUGCUGCAUCCAAAACCACUUCCAAAUCCAGUUCAAACUGUAAAACAACAACAGUGUCCAAGGAUAGUCUGGAUUCCAAAACUGGCACCAAAGUCAGCCCCUUUUCAGAAACAGGGUCGCGAGAUAGUCUAGAUUCUAAAAGUGUUUCUGCUUCUAAAACCAGUUCGGACUCCAAGGAUAGCUUAGACUCCAAAACUGGUUCCAGUCACAAAGCCAGUCCCAACUCUGGAGAUAGCCUCAACUCUAAAAAUACUGAAGGGAUCAAAGCAAACAAAAUCCAAGAUUCCAAAACUGGAAUGGGAUCAAAGGGUGACCAAGAUCCUAAAUCACUUCCAGACUCUAAAGUUGGUUUCAAUGUCAGAAUCAGUCCAAGUGUUGAGUUUGGUACGGAGUUGAACCUCUGUUCUCGUCCUGAUGCCAUCUCCAGUUCUAUACCAGUACUGACCCGUUCAACAUCUGGAUCUGUUUCCCCAUCAGCCUCUAGAACUAGUUUGUCUGGGUCCAAAGACACCAACCUUAAGACCAGAGGUUCUAAUUCUAAACUCAGUUUAGACCCUAAGGCUGGAUCAGAUACUUCUAAAUCUGGAUCAGUAUCGUCUAGUUCAAGGCCAGCUCUGAUAGAUUUGUCUUCGUCGUUGACACUGUCUUCAAGACCCGGCUCAGCAAGUAGGAGUCCUGGAUCUGGACCUCGAAAAGGUCUGGGUUCUAGUUCAACUGGACCAAACAGGGAGGUUCUGAGAAGUCCUGGUUCUGCUCCUGGUAAGUCUUGAUUUAACUGAAGGUGGCAAUCUUGGAAAACUGAGAUCAAUAGAUUCUCAGUCAGUAAUGUGAAGGUGAGCAGUUGGAGAAAAUCAACUUUAGUCAAGAAAUUCAGAAGUUAAGAACAUUCACUGAAUGUAAGGAUGAACAAACCCUCCAUGAUGCCAUCUGGAGGUCAAAACUCAGUGUGCUGGUUCUGGUCGCCACCAUCCUGGCAAUACCUGACUCCUAGUUAAUGUAAAAAAGAGGUAGACCAUGGACUGUCCUAUGACAACUUACACUCAAAGUGGCCACACUCUUAAGUAUACGUAUCUUUAAGCCCUGAUCCAAGUUAAAUAAUUCUGAAUUUUAAAAAUUCACCCCCUGUACAGCAUCAUGAAGAGGGAAAGUGUCUAUAUAGAUCAAAACUGUUUACUAUUCUAGGCUGUAAACAUGUUUUUCUGCUGUAAAGUUAGACAUUUUAACAUGGAAGUCUGUUGGAACUGGCUGACUGCUGGUGUCAAAUGUCCAUUUCACACUGUGCAAUGUAGCAUCAAAUCACUGGUUUUGGAAUCACUUCAAAGCAAAGUUGAGUACUAAACAUGAACAACUUUGUUGGUGUGGUAGCCAUUUUUAGGACAAAACAAUAAAAAGGCAUCUUGUAGGUUCUUGAAAGAGUCCAUGUUUCAUUGAUUUUUUUAUUUUUCGGGUCUACUAGAAUCUAUUAGCACUCCAUUUUAGAUUCAGUCUUUCCUGCAUCUUCAAACCUGUAAUAAUUCAUGGGGCAGCAAGGCUCAAGUAAAAUACAGUACUGAGUUGCAUUAUUGAACAUGUAGAAUAACUGAUGCCGUUAGCU